UUUAGUCUUUGCGUUUUUCAGAUAUUCUUAAAUAUGAUUCUGAGGUAGUUAACGUUAAGUUUAUCAGUCUGGCCAUCUUAAUAUUUAAAGGUAUUCUUCUGUAUCGAGUAUCCUGUGUCCUGCAUCCUGUAUCCUGUAUCCUGGAGAAUGUUGGGAAGAAGAUUAUGUUUAUUUCUGCUCCUACUCCUGACUACACUGGAGAUUAUCGUAUUCCAACAGUUGAUAUUCUCUCUAACAGCAGAUAUAGUACAUCUACAGGAUAUACAGAAUAUACAGGAUCCCCAAAGAAGCACACGGAUAUCUGUAAAAACCUCGAAAACAUCGGAAGAUGACAAAUUUCCCUCCGAGCCCAGGAACGAAGACGAUAUUCAGAUAUCUCAUAUUACAGCGCUCACCACAUUCAUCCUUACUCUGCUCUCUGCAGCAAAUUUGAGCAUUAGUUUGCUUCAUGGUUGUGGAAUUACGUGUUUAAGACCGGGGACGCCAUCUUGUGCAGGUGUCGUCUUCUUUCAGCUGUUAAUAAAAUGGUGGACGGUUCUAAAAGUCGUCUUUGCCCUCGGACUUUCUGUUCUUAUCUUUACAAAAGACGUUCCUGUACCUGUUCUAGGCACUGCAACUUUUGCCGUACUUCUAGUCAUAUUUUCAGUUUAUGAAGUUGUUCACAUACUCACCCAGACAAACCUUGUGGGUAGAAUAGUGAAGAAAUCUGAGAACAAAGACGACAUUCUUUAUCGUCCUGUUCAGUCGGAGGAGUUUUGAGCUUAUACACAUCUACUAUUGUAUCUUAUGAAUUUAUUGAUUUAUUUAUGGUAAUAAAACAUCUAUUGGAUUGGA